AUGUCUACUUACCGUUUUGACCAGCAAUCCCAGUGUUCGUCUUCGACGCCGAGCGAGUACUCUGCAGCACCUUCUACUCAUACUCAGCCCCGUGGCCUUCCUGCCUACGACUGGCAUGACUCGCAGUUGAAUCGCCGUGCUCCCACUUUCCAGGACGCCCCGCGGGAUGCCAUCCAGAUGGACCAUGGUUUACAACCACCUCCGCGCCAUGCUGUCCCCACUGGCUAUCUCGACCCUCGCCCCCGAGUUCCUGGGCAGCUCCAAGAACCCACCACGAGGGAUUUUCGUGACGCACGCUCCAGCACUGACGCUCUGCCUCCAACCAAUCGACCAUACACCCCACGUCCCUUCCAUGAAGACAAAUACCCACCUCGUCCCCCAGCCCCAGCCGCCCCCGCCGGAUAUUACGGACAGCCUGAAGAAAUCACGCAUGUCCAGCCACCUAUGGCUUAUGCUUGGCGCGCACAGGAUGAUUUCCGCCAGCCGCCUAGGCACAGUCGCGACAGAGACGAUUACGAGGUCUUGCGAAUGGAACUAUACGCAUUGAAGGAGACCGUCUACUAUAUUCAGAGAGAAAUGGCUGAAAUGCAUCUCAGCAGCUUCGACGCGUCCCUCCGACUACGCUCGUCUACCCCUUCUCUAGCCCCCAGCGACUCCAUCUCACGCGUCAAUGGAGAAACUGACAGCGAGGAGUUCCAGGCAGCAUACCGACGCUACCAAUGGGAGGCGGCUCCCUCUCAAAAGCCAGCACAUUUACCGGACUCCGUGCUUUGGACUUUCAAAGGGGCCCAAGCCGUAGGCCCCGACGCCGGUUUCUCUACAUCGAACCCCUACCGCCCUUCGUUUGGCAAAGCACUUCGGGAUUCCAACGGAAACCCCCUCGACUCCGCGCUCGUUUCGAUCAUCAAACGCACUGCCUUGAAUCUCGCCGGACGCAUUGUUGCCCUUCACCCAAUCAAGCAUCAGGCAAAUAAGAACCAGCCUCGCGAUUACUACCGAACGAAAUGUCCCCACCUCUGGUACGGCGCCAUCAUCCUGCUUGAAGAGCAGCACGGGGAUGUGGCCAUCUGCUCUGCCCAUUGGAAGGCAGACCACUUGCUUGGUCAGGCCAUGGUACGAAUCAAGGGCCCCCCGAGGGAGGCCAAGCGAGCCCGCUCGGCCAAGAUUGCUGGGAGCGAUAGCGACGGCUCUGUCAACGAUGGAAAGCAUGCGCAGCAGAAUGCACCCGCCACGCCUCAGAAGUCUAAGCGAACCGCGAACGAGGUUACGCCAUUACAUCCCGGACCCUCAAAGCGAAAUCGUACCGGGUUUGCCUCCCCAAAGGCUGUAGAACAUAGGCAAGCAGCAAAGGCAUCAUCGAAGCUGCCCCCCGCCUCGCCGACAAAGCAAACCCGACCUCAAAGCCUCCACUCUCCCCUUCGCAACAUGUCUCCAUCAUCAUCGAACCGGCCUUUAUCAGACGUAUCUACCCAAGAAGCUCCAAAGUCCCUUCCGCCUCCGUCUGUAGUAUCUACUUCAUCCCUUCCUCUGUCGUCUACAGCACCCGCCCCACCCACUUCUCAGGUGUCCUUUGUAACCAAGUCUCUCGCUGCUGUGAAAGUCGACGAUAAUUAUGAAAACCUUCGCCGAACACUCCAAAGUCCCGAGCUCCGGCUUGCCGAGGCCGUCGUUACUACUGGGUUGGAGCUUCUCGAUGCAAUGGAACAUGCCCCAACACACGGAGGCCAAGGUUUUCCGUCGAGCGAGGCCAAAGCGUUGUUGGCGCGCGUGAAAACCGCUGAUCCCAAUUGCGUUGACAACGAGGACGAUCUAUAUGAAAGCUGGGGGCAUUGGCAAUGGACGUCAGGGUCUCUCACCAUUGGCACCGUCAUCACAUCCUGGUCCGCAGUGGGCAAUACUGACAUGGCACGUCAACUGAUCGCCGCGGCAUUGGCUACCAGCAAGGCCGCUCGGCUGUUGUGCCUCGACCAUACUCCGAAGCCUACGAGUUACUUGAAUGAUAUGUACAUCGAUCGACUUUUAUCAACGCUCUCCGAUGUGUGGAAACGAUCUGGGGGGCCGUCUUUCAAGGGCAAGGCUCGAGUAAUAGAACGUCCAGCAGUAUCAGCCACGUUGCCCCCUGCGCCGCCAGCCGCUUCACCGACAGAGGAACAAAGCGUGGGCCUCGCCAUAGCAGAUGGCCUCGAUAAUUCUGGAAAUGCGGACCCAAUGGCCGACGGCAACCUUGACGACCCUUUCGCGCUCCCAGACGAUGAUACGACAGCGCUGCAAUCGAAGCUAAGAUCUCUUCAUGUACCCGAGCUCCGGACAAUUGCUGCCAAGAAGCAGAUCCCCGGUGUAAGACAUAUGAAUAAGGAAACAUGUGCAUCCGCCCUCGCGGCUCUCCCACCCACUAUGUGUCCCACUCUGGAUGAGCUCGAAGACGUUAUCGCGAAGCGUGCCUGUGUCAAGAAGAUAAAGGCUCCUGGGGCAAAAUCUGCCAAAUUGGGCAGCUCUGCUGCAGCGGAAUCCACAAACAAUCUGUCGCAAACCCCUCGCGCCUCUCGCAUUAUCGUAAAUGCCGGCGAAUUUGCUUCCUAA